GCCCGAGAGAGAGGAUGGGAUGAAGCACAUAGAGCCUGUGGAAGGUGUGGUCAAAGAGGGGCAAAGAGAUGGAGACUGGGAAAUCGGGGUUAUAGGGGCAGGGGUAACCAAGGAGGAAUAGACAGGAACACUUGUUUCAACUGUGGCCAGCAUGGCCACUGGAGGAAUGAGUGUCCACACCCCAGGAAACCCCAGCAGCCCCAACAACCCCACAAUUCUCAAAAUACGCCCGAUAG